CCCCCCCCCCCCGGCGCGCCCGCCGCCCCGCCGGGGAAGUUGCGCUCCGUCCCUCGCUCUCCCCGGUCCCUCGGCGACGGCUCCUUCCUCCCCCUCCCUCCAAUGCGCCUCCCGCUCAUUUCCUCUUUUCCUCCCCGCUCGCCGCCGCUCCGCAGGCGCGCGGCUUGCCCGGGCGCCGCCGCGGAGUUGUAGCUCCCAGGAAGCCGCCGCCGCCGCCCCCCGGUCACCACCACCCCCCCCCCCCCGCCGGGCAGCCGCCGCCGCCGCCGCCGCUUCCAGGGCCGCCGCGGGACCCCGCUCCGCCAGCCGGGCAAUCGAGCCCCGUGGACUUUCUCUGAAGAAGUUCCAAGACAGGUGGCAGGGUCUGCGUUUCCUGCAGGGCUCUGCCUGCCCCCGGCCCCUCUCCACUGAACCCAGAUCCAGAAGAGGAUGGGAAAGCAGAACAGCAAGCUGCGCCCCGAGGUGCUCCAGGACCUGCGUGAGAACACCGAGUUCACAGACCAUGAGCUGCAGGAAUGGUACAAGGGCUUCCUAAAAGAUUGCCCAACGGGCCAUUUGACUGUGGAAGAGUUCAAAAAAAUAUACGCGAAUUUUUUCCCCUAUGGUGACGCAUCGAAGUUUGCGGAGCACGUCUUCCGCACCUUUGACACCAACGGUGACGGGACGAUUGACUUUAGGGAAUUCAUCAUCGCCCUGAGUGUCACCUCUCGGGGCAAGCUGGAACAGAAGCUGAAGUGGGCGUUUAGUAUGUACGACCUGGAUGGCAACGGGUACAUCAGCCGUGGUGAAAUGCUAGAAAUAGUGCAGGCAAUCUACAAAAUGGUUUCAUCAGUAAUGAAAAUGCCGGAAGAUGAAUCCACUCCUGAGAAGCGAACAGACAAGAUCUUCAGACAGAUGGACACAAACAACGAUGGUAAGCUGUCGCUGGAAGAGUUCAUCAAAGGUGCCAAGAGUGAUCCCUCCAUCGUGCGGUUGUUACAAUGCGACCCCAGUAGCGCGAGUCAAUUCUGAUUAAAGUGGACAGUGUGCACAGAGAAUCUUGGCUUGUGUCCUUCAAGCUUUGCUCGCAAACGGAUGCCUUCUCAACCGUCCCUCCACACCUUGCAGAUAAGAUCCCAUUGCCAGAUUGUGUGUGUGUGUGUGUCCGAGCGAACCAGCCCUCGCUCCCCUCACUAACACCAGUGCAGCUCUCCUUCGGCAGCUCCGUUUCUGCUUCCCCGUAAUGUUACAAUUCACUCUACACAUUUUAAACAUUAAUUGAAAGGUAUGUUUACAUGCAGCUACAAAAGAGUUCAAAUCGCUGGUGAGAUACCACUUCACUUAGUCCGUGAGAAAGGUGAUGUUCUAGUAGUUCCCAAGAAGAUGCUAGGUAGGACUUUUACCCGACAUAGCAGAUGGUAGAUAAUUUAUUUUGCUUCAGAAAUUACUAUGUAAAAAAAAAAAAAGUGGACUGAAUGGAGUAGAAAGUUCAAAAAAAAAAAAAGGAAAAAAGAAAAAAAAAAGCGGCUUUCCUGGGCAUGGUUCCAAUUUUCUUUUUGAGGAAAAUUGCUUGCACUUAUCUAAUGGUCUUUCUUUUAAUAUAUAUAUAAAUUAUAUAUAUAUGGUGAAGUAAAAUUUUAAAUAUUUAGGUCAUCUAUUUAAAGCAUAAAAUAGAAUUCAAGCUUUGUUUCUUCUAGUCGUCUGUGAUUUAUUCAAAUCUUGGAGAUUGUUUUUUUGUGAUAUUUAUGCAUUAGCAAAUUGCUGUUCCAAAAGAAAUGCAUGACUAGCAGUUUGUGGAUAUUUCACUCUGUUUAAUUCCUGAAUGCAAGUAUUUGUUCAUUUUUACUGUCAAUUGUUCCAACGUUACUGUAUUAACAAAAGACCUGAAAGGAGUUCAUCCUCAUUUUGUGUUUCUCAGUGGAGUCCUACUUUCUGGUGGUUGCUGCGUUAAAUGGCUUUUGAGUGCCCCGAGGUGAUGUGACUCGCACUGCUGUUCUCGACUUGGCUACACCUCCUCCCUUUUGCUGUCAAUAUGUUAAUAGUCUUGUGCAUUCCAGUGUUAUUUAAUAUCUGCCUAAUGCCAAGAAAUAUUAAUUGAAAUAAAAGACUACUUUUCUUGUCA